GCCAGUUUACCAGCUGUUAGGAUUUCUGGGAGUUGAAGGCCAAAACAUCUGGGGACCCACAAGUCGAGAACCACUGCCUCAAGGGACAAACUGUGGCAUUACCUCCGAAGUGAAAAAAUUGGAAAAACCCAACUCUUCCUUGAAAACCUGUGAUUGUCUAGACAUGUGUGGGUUAAAUCUAGGGCAAAGGAGGGUAAAAAUAGAUGGGAGGGUCCAAUGUGAAAGGUUUGGAACCCCUCCCCUUAUAUAUAAAACAAAGACUCCGCCUCCAAUAUGUGGCAUUCAGUGUGUGUCCACACCAGGGUAGAAUUGGCACCAUGCUCUCCAGAUCAGCCAUGCACGUGCCACAUUAUGCCCCUUCCAUGUUCAGGGAGUUUGACAGAUGGAAGGACUAUCUGAGCCUUGCGAAAGUGGUUACGGAGAUCAUCGCGGAACGCAAGAAGGUCCCGUUUCCAUCUCAGAGUUGGGACACAAUGGACUACGACAUGCAGCUAGUCCUCAACGAGGACAACUUUGAAACAGCAUCACAAUGGGUUAAUGGAAGCGGUUCCAGCAGCAAGAGCUCCAAAGGUAGUUCCAAUGGCCAGGCUUCCCAAAACAAGGAGAUUUGCAAUUUCUGCAAACACAACGGGGAAUCCAAGCAGGUCUAUUCGUCCCACCGGCUGAAGGGGAUGGACGGCACCGUGGAGUGCCCCAUCUUGCGCAAAUACACCUGUCCGCUCUGCGGUGCCACGGGCGAAAAGGCCCAUACUUUAAAAUACUGCCCACUGAGCCAAGGGAAGAGGUCGCUGUAUCGCAAGUGCGGACGCAACUCGGCUGGACGCAAGGUGAGGAGAUAAGAAGAUCAGGAGAAGACCGAAGCAUUUAUUCUUACUUUUAGUUUGACUUUGUAAAAGAACAACAUUUGAUUUUGAGCAUCAUUAACACUCUUUACAUUUCCUCCCACUUUGUUUCAGGUUUGGAGAAUGGAAGUCCAAUUCUCUUAGACUACAUUUGUGAGUCCAGAAAUGUUUUUUUAUGUAUAUUGUUGCCUUCUUUCACAUUUGUUGUACCUAGGUUAAUUAUAUUGUGUUUCUUUUAGAUGUGUCAGUUGCCUAGUGUGAUGACUCAUGGGCCCUGCAGUCCUAUUCCUGACAGUAUUGUGGCAGAUGAGGAGGAAAAUAUGGAGUUUUCCCCAGAUUUCCGGUCGGAGUCAGAGCCUUGCCAGCUGCCUGAAGUUCUAGUCCAAGAACCAAUUAAACCUGACCUUGGUGGGAACUCUCCCCCUUAUGGGAGAAAACAGGCUUACACGACUGAUAGAGGAUCGAGAGAAAAAUUUAGAAGGAGUGCUCGCCUUGCUGCCAAAUAUGCCACUGAUUAGAAGUAUUUCCCCUGAGAAAAUACGGGGAGUCUUGCACCUGCAAGCUGGUUUCCUUCGCUCCCUGUUCUCUAGGGAAAGUGAUUGUUGUUUGGGGAAACGAGACCCAAUAUAGGGAAAUUGCGCGAAGGAUUCCUUGCGGAGUCAAUUCGUCAGCUCCUGGAGAGAGGUUGUGUGUGUGGACUUCGAAUCCUGUUCCUUGCCUCCUGAAUCUAGUUCCAAGCCUUGUCCUCGUCUCGCGGAUUUACCACGGAUCUUGUUCCAUGCUUCAAGUUGCUUUGCCUUUAGCCACAGCUCCAGCCACGUUCCAAGUUACUUUCAGCCUUGUGUCAAGCUUCAUUGGAUUCAAGACUUUUGCUGUUUUCCCAACGCUUUGCUUGGCAAAGCGUGUGUUGCGGUUAUUGGAUUAUAAUCUUUGGACUCUAAUAUUUCAUAUUGGACAAUAAUCUGCUGGACUAUAUUUGGCCUCAUUUGAAAGGUCUGCUUCUGAACUUUAUUCUACACUUGUUUUUAUUGACUUGAUAUAUUCCUUUAAUAAAGAUAUUAGAUAGAAUCUGGCCUCAGUGUAUGGUUAUUGGUGCCCAGGAGCCUAGAUCCUGACACCUUGUAUCAUGCUUUUUUAUACAUAUAAUCAUGUUUUUUACAUAUGUAAUAUCACGUUCCUUUUACAUCUGUAAUUGCCUUAUAUCCUAUUUUAUAUUGUGUUUUAUAUAUGCAGUUACUUUACAUGUUUCUUUUAUGUAUGGAUGUAUAAUUUUUACAUAUUUAAUUAUAUUAUUUGCAACUAUAAUUGCCUAAUAUCAUGCUUCUUUUAUAUAUGCAAUGACAUCAUGUUUAUUUAACGUAUAUAAGUGCCUUAUAUCAUGUCCGGGUUAUCAUGUGUGUCUCCAGAGGGAUGCAGCCCUAUCCUUUGCAGGGAAAAUAUAGAAAUAUCUUCUAAAUGGCUACUGUCUAGAAUUUUGUUUUGUAAACAAAGGAAAAGUUUAUAUGCUAUUGGAAAGAAAGAUACUAUUUUAUGUGUAUAUUUUGGAAAGGAAUAGAAUUGGUUAUUAUUACUGUGGUCUAACCUUCAAUUGUUUGCAAGUUGUUCUAAAGUUUGGAUCGUAGAGUUUAAUAAACAGAGUUUAUGGUUUUUGCAUCAAAA